GAGCCCGUCCCGCGUCCCGGUGCCCGCCGGGGCCCGGCCGGCGGGAUGGACCUGGCGUACGUGUGCGAGUGGGAGAAGAAGCCCAAGAGCAACCACUGCCCCUCCAUCCCCCUCGUGUGCGCCUGGUCCUGCCGCAACCUCAUCGCCUUCACCACCGACCUCCGCAACGAGGAGGAGAAAGAUCUCACCCACAUGGUCCAUAUCAUCGACACCGAGCACCCCUGGGACGUGUAUUCCGUGAACUCUGGGCACACUGAGGUCAUCACGUGUCUGGAGUGGGAUCAGUCGGGCUCCAGGCUGCUCUCGGCGGAUGCCGACGGACACAUCAAGUGCUGGAGCAUGACAGAUCACUUGGCCAACAGCUGGGAGAGCACGGUGGGCAGCGUGGUGGAGGGGGACCCGGUGGUGGCCCUGUCCUGGCUGCACAACGGUGUCAAGCUGGCGCUGCACGUGGAGAAGUCUGGAGCGUCGAACUUCGGCGAGAAGUUUUCCAGGGUGAAGUUCUCCCCGUCGCUGACGCUGUUCGGCGGGAAGCCCAUGGAGGGCUGGAUCGCCGUGACCAUCAGUGGGCUGGUCACCGUGUCCCUCCUCAAGCCCAACGGGCAGGUGCUGACGGCCACCGAGAGCCUGUGCCGCCUGCGCUGCCGCGUGGCCUUGGCCGACGUCGCCUUCACGGGCGGGGGCAACAUCGUGGUGGCCACGUCGGACGGCAGCAGCACCUCCCCCGUGCAGUUCUACAAGGUCUGUGUCAGUGUGGUGAACGAGAAGUGCAAGAUCGACACCGAGAUCCUGCCGUCGCUGUUCAUGCGCUGCACCACGGACCCCGCGCGCAAGGACAAGUACCCGGCCAUCACUCACCUCAAGUUCCUGGCUCGGGACAUGUCGGAGCAGGUGCUGCUCUGUGCUUCCAACCAAAACAACAGCAUCGUGGAGUGCUGGUCCCUGCGGAAGGAGGGCCUGCCAGUCAACAACAUCUUCCAGCAGAUCUCACCUGUGGUGGGAGACAAGCAGCCCAUGAUCCUGAAGUGGAGGAUCCUGUCUGCCACCAAUGACCUGGACCGGGUGUCGGCCGUGGCACUGCCAAAGCUGCCCAUCUCCCUGACCAACACGGAUCUGAAGGUGGCAAAUGACACCAAAUUCUUUCCUGGGUUGGGCCUGGCCCUGGCUUUCCACGACGGCAGCGUGCACAUCGUGCACCGGCUGUCCCUGCAGAUGAUGGCCGUGUUCUACGGCUCCUCCUCGCAGCGCCCCGUGGACGAGCCGUCCCUCAAGCGCCCGCGCACCGCGGGGCCCCUCGUGCACUUCAAGGCCAUGCAGCUCUCCUGGACCUCGCUGGCCCUGGCUGGCGUGGACAGUCACGGCAAGCUCAGCAUGCUCCGCAUCUCCCCCUCCAUGGGCCACGUGCUGGACAUGAACAUGUCCCUGCGGCACUUGCUGUUCCUGUUGGAGUACUGCAUGGUGACCGGCUACGACUGGUGGGACAUCCUGCUCCAUGUCCAGCCCAGCAUGGUCCAGAACCUGGUGGAGAAGCUGCACGAGGAGUACAUGCGCCAGAACGCGGCCCUGCAGCAGGUCCUCUCCACACGCAUCGUUGCCAUGAAGGCGUCGCUGUGCAAACUCUCCUCCAGCACCAUCGCCCGUGUGUGUGACUACCACGCCAAGCUCUUCCUCAUCGCCAUCAGCUGCACCCUGAAAUCGCUGCUGCGCCCCCACUUCCUCAACACCCCGGACAAGAGCCCCGGGGACCGGCUCACCGAGAUCUGCUCCAAGAUCACCGAUGUAGACAUUGACAAGGUGAUGAUUAACCUGAAGACAGAAGAGUUUGUCCUAGAGAUGACAACAUUGCAGUCCCUGCAGCAGCUCAUCCAGUGGGUGGGGGAUUUUGUGCUCUAUCUCCUGGCCAGCCUUCCCAACCAGGGCUCCCCGGUGCGCCCCGGGCACAGCUUCCUGCGCGACGGCGCGUCCCUCGGCAUGUUCCGGGAGCUGAUGGUGGUGAUCCGCAUCUGGGGGCUGCUGAAGCCCAGCUGCCUCCCCGUGUACACGGCGACCUCCGACACCCAGGACAGCAUGUCCCUGCUCUUCCGGCUGCUGACCAAGCUCUGGCUGUGCUGUCGUGAGGAAAAUCACAUCACGGAGCCUGACGAUGCCCUGAUCGACGAGUGCUGCCUCCUGCCCAGCCAGCUGCUCAUUCCCAACAUCGACUGGCUGCCCAUCAACGACGGCAUCAUCAGCAAGCUGCAGAACAAGCAGCUGGUCCGGCUGCAGUUCGGGAAGGCUCCUGGGCUCGUUGGCCACACUGUCUCUUCCCAGUUCGAUGCCUUUGUCAGGGCCCCCGGACAGCCCAAAAUUGACCACCUGAGGCGGCUGCACCUGGGCGCGUACCCGACGGAGGAGUGCAAGUCCUGCACCAGGUGCGGCUGCGUGACGAUGCUGAAGUCGCCCAACAAGGUGACAGCGGUGAAGCAGUGGGAGCAGCGCUGGAUCAAGAACUGCCUGUGCGGGGGGCUGUGGAGGAAGAUGCCCCUCAGCUACUCCUGA